AUCAUUUUAGCUAAAACUGCAGAGUGUAAAUGCAACUUUGUCGAUCCGCGGCCUCGUGUAUCUUCGCUUGCAUGGGGUUGGAUGAGUGAAAAAUCAGAUUUGGAGGGAACAACAAGAAGUUUUGGAGCCUUUUUCACAUUCAAAAAGAGCAGAAGUUGUCUUGGGUGCUGUGUAAAUCCUCCACAUGUUAUUUCAGUGGAUAGGCCAUCCAAAGGACAGAAAGUUCAGGGUCAAAACUUGAGGAAACGUGGUUCAAGGGACGACUUUUGGAGCAGUAGUGCUUGUGAGAUGGAGAAUAGUGCAUUUCCUUCACAACGAAGCGUCUCAUCAAUUAGUACUUCAAAUCAGGGCCUUGAUGCUAGCAGUAGUUCCAGCACCACAAACGGCAACACUGAGUUUGUAAAUCAUGGUCUAAUUCUUUGGAGUAAAACUAGGCAAGAAUGGAUUGGAAAUAGAACACCUCAGAAGUGUACUGCAGCUCGGGAAUCUAAAUUAAGCUUUGAUGUGAGUUACGAAACUUUGCUGGGGACCAACAAGUCAUUCCCUCAGCCAAUCCCUCUAUCGGAAAUGGUAGACUUUCUUGUUGAUGUUUGGGAACAGGAAGGACUGUAUGAUUGAGCUGCCACUUAACUGAACUUACCGACCAUUGGACUUCUGUUCGUAAAGUCUACCAAAAUCAGAUGAAAACAAUCAUGUUUGAUCUCAGUAUUUGUAUGUUGACACAGGAAAAUUGAAAUACCUGAUAGCUUUUUCAAAUGAAGGAGAGAGGACCGGUGUUUGUUUUGCUAAUAAACGAAUUUAUUUUCUAGAAAGUGAUAUUCAAGCAUCCAGAUGAACUCGUUUCCA